CCUCAAAUGUUAGCACAAACCCAUUUGGAGAAGACUCACUUGCAAACAGAAUCAACCUAAAGGAAACUACAGAUUUCAUAAAGUCACUGCCAAAUUCAUCAAACCAAAGCAGUAGCAGCAGCAGCAGUGAGAUGUUAAACGAGAGAAGACCAAGUUUCUCAUCACAAAAGAGCAUUGGAGAAGGAAGAAGCAAUGGACAGAGAAGAUUGAUGUUAAUGGAGUCUCCUUGUACUCCAGGUAGAGGAGUCUUCAGUUUCAGUAGCAAUGUCUCGGGUAGAAGAAGAAACUUUCCUUCUAAAUGGAUUGAUGCUGAGAAAUGGGUCACUUCCUCCGGUCAUGAUUCUCCAGCACAUUCCCUCAAAAACACCCAAUUUGAUGGUUUUAAACACCAGGUGGAAGUUGUUUAUUCAGAGAAAUCUAGGGUUACGGAAGAAUGUUUCCAUGGAUCUGUCUCAUUAUCUCCACAAGAUCUUAUCCUUAAAGAUAAGUUAGCAAACGAAGUUCCACAGAUUCUUCCAUCAACGGAAGGUUAA